AUGUCAAGUAAACGACAAAAAGCUUUGAAUGUCACAAAGACGAACAAACGAAGCCCACAAGAUACACGAACCUCCGCCAAACGCUUGGCUCUCGCAGACAAGAACAAUCAACCCUGUGAAAACGACGAUACCGAAAACGCUCCUCCUUUACUAGCAACACCACCACCUUCGCAAGGACGCACAUCCACACCAGAGGAAGGCACCAGCAGCACCAGUGAUGCCAGCGAAGUAGAAAACGGGAGUUCUCAUGACGAGGCUGAGCAUCAACACCACCACCACCACCAACAACAACAGCCUUUGCAACAACUACAGGUCAAACACAUCGAUGACAGCCGAUUUUAUUUUUGCGUUGCAGAGAAAGAAAGUGAUACCAACAAGCUGAAAGAGGGUGUCCGACAAUUCAUAUACCUUGAAAACGCGUUCCCAACGAACGAAGAGUGUGAAUUGGAAUGUGUAAAACUAUGCAGGAAGAUCAAAGGGUGGGAUGAUGAUGACAAACGACGCGUUAUUGUUUCCAAAGAAACUUCAAAGAUCUUUAUGAAUACGGUCUCCAGCACUCGCAGCUCUUUACAAACAAGUAUGAAAAGGGCGUUGCUAGCAUUUGAGUUCGAUCCCGAAAAUCUACCACCACCAUGCAAGAUGCGUUCAAAAAAACAAUAUCGUUACCUAGUUGAUGGAGCUAGGUUUGCAAGAGCAGGGCAUCGAGCAGAUGGUGGUUUGCUACAGAAUGAGGUGCUUGGUAGGCUUAUACAUAUCGUCUUCCACAAUACAAAGGCGGGCCCAUGUAGGUUAAAAGCAAAGAACGACGUUGUAUCAAGGAAUACAAUCACUUUGACUUAUUGUUUGACUUUGUAUGCUAUGGUAUCAGCGUAUCCCUUCAAAGUGCCAGAUCCCAGGAUGAACGAUACUUUCAGACGGCAAGAUGGUUAUUGGCUAUGGCUGUACAAGCGUACCAUGCAAGGAAAAGGAAAUGGUGAUGAAUGUAUUGAUUGGCAAGCUGUCCAUCAAGUUCAAAGUAGCAUCAUCGACAAUUUAUCUGAUCAAGGCAAUGAUGGCGCUCCAGAAUCAAAGUUACUAUAUCAAGCAGCAAUCAAAGAUGGAGAAUACGUGUCAUCAGACGAGAAUGAAUAA